AUGAGCCGACCCCUCCGGCCGGCUCCAAAUUGGGAAUUUUGCUCCGAAGACGAGAGCUUCGACGUUUCCUCUUACUUGGGUUACUGCUCCAGUAUAGUCAAGAGUGGAGUUCGGAAAAAAAGCCGUUUCAUUCAGCAAAAAUGAAAAUCUAGAUAAAAGGUUCAUUUGAAUGUACUAUUCAUGAAAUCUAGGCGACACGGUUGGAUGCACUCGAUUACGAGAAGAACGGCAGCGAUCGAUUUCGGUCGCCGCUCAUCGAAUUUGAUCUCUCCGAUUGGAAAAUAUAACAAUAAUAGCACAGUUUUACGUUGUAGAGUGGAGACUCAACUAGAAAAAUCAAUUUCGAUGGAAAAAUAACGCACUUUGAAAACUUCAGAAAGUCUUCUAGAAACUUAAAAAAACAAAAAAUGAAUUAAUUUUACGCACCGCUUCAAAGAUUCUCGCUUAGAAAAUAAGAUGAAAAUGUCAAAAAAAUGUUUUUCAAAUCUACUUGAAAACAAGGCCCAACAAGUCUGAAACCAGUUAUGAAUUGAAAACUUCGAAAAAAAUUAAUUUGAAAAAUAUUGGACCAAAAAAAGCCGUUGUUUCCAGAACCAAGUUUUGGAAACUGUGAUGUUAUGUCAUUUGAGUAUGAAAAUGGGAAAAAUGCGAAACGAGGAGCCAAGUAUGGAAAUGCGAGAAGAUGGCCGUGCGGCGAUAAGCCACAAUUGCUGUGUGGUCAAGGGUCUCGUGGGGAUUUUUUUUUUCUUCGGCAUGAGGAAAGAAAAAAAAAGCAAUAAACACUCCAUCUUGAAAGCACUGACCAUGAAAAAUGGAUAUGGUCAGUCUUGUUAAAAGAGAAGGUUUUUUCGAAAAAUCAUUGAAGAAAACGUAUUUUUCAAUCUAACUACACUCUCUUGUUGAUGAACUUUGAAGAAAAAUUCAUUCUUUCAAUACUUAAAAAAUAAAAGGCAAGAAAAGGAAGCCGACGAAACGUUUGAGGAUUUAUUGCGCACGCGAUAAGCGUACAUUUCUCUCUCAACGCAAAAAAUGAGUCCCAUGAGGCAAAAUCCUGCAGUAUUCGACAAAAAAGCAUACAAGAACUGAAAUUUGCUUUCAAAAACAAUAAUAGCAAAAGAUUUCUCCCCGGCCGGGAAUUGAACCCGGGUCUCGCAUGUGACAGACGCGGAUACUCACCACUAUACUACCGAGGACACGGCAGUUGUCGUCCGCUGCCACGAAUAGACACCUCCUCACUGGAAACGCAACGUCUGCAGGAACAUUAGUGAGCUUAGCAAAUUUUUUGCUGAAAACGAAGCUUCUGCUUUUUCGCAAGAAAAAAAAGGAAGGAUGGAGAAGGUCCGGCUCGAAUUGAAUUUCGAAGACGUGCAAAUGAGCUGAAAGCCGGCCGCGGAAUCGCGCCGUUUUUUUCGAAGCGAAGAAAUGGACUUGCAUUGUUGAUUCCGUCCUCUGGGAUGUUUAGAGGUCGGAAAGUUUAUUUUCAAGUGGAGGGCUUUGCAAGAGUUCGUGUGGGUCGAGAAGGAAAAGUUUUAACUUACAAAAAUUCUUUUCAAGGGAUUUACCAAUUUGAUUAUGAAUUUGGCCUCGGGUUCUCAUAUAAAAUUAUGAAGAGCAAAGUGACUUUUUACGAGGUUUUUCUCACCUUUUCGACAAUUCAAGAAAAGUUCACGUUUCCCCGUCAAGAUGAAGAUCUAAAACGCUGCGUGGACCCUUAUCCAAGACCAUUUUACCCAGCAGCUCGCAAGCAGAGCAGACGACACCGCCGAUCCGAGUGCCACCAAUAAGAAAAUGGUCUUCAAAUCGACGUACCCACCGCUGAAGCUGAGCGGCUUGUCGGCCCACGAGAAAGUCCUCGCCGCUGUCCGCGCCACAGCCGCCAAGGAUCCUAACGCCGUCGCUUUCGUGGGUACCUGAAAAUAGACCUCUUCAAUACUCUCUAGAGUGGUCCUCAUAAGUUAACUGUAGUAUUUAUCAAGUAGGAAGGUGUAAAAAAGUCAGGAAGGUCUGAAAAAAGCUCUGAAAACUUGUAAGAAAAUUCUUCCUAAACAUCUUAUUAUCGUCCUCCGACAAGGAUAUAGUCUAUUUCCAUCAGAUCAACGCGGAGAACACGACAAAAACGAUGCUCUACAAGGACAUUGAACCGACGGUCAAUAGCCUCGCCACCGGCCUCAAAAAACUGUAAUUUUUAUCAAAAAAUCUUUUCAAAUCCAAAGUUGGUUUUCAGUGGCUUCGCGGCGAACGAACGGGCCGUUCAGGUUCUUCCGAACUGCGCCGAAUAUUUGGUUAACAUUUUGGCCGUUCAAAAAUGCGGCGGUGCCAUGUCCAACGCCAACGCCGUCUCCACUGAGUGUAGGCUUUUUUUGAAUCGAAAGAAAACUAACUGUAUUGAAAAAAUACGGAAAAUAAAAAUAUUGGCUGGCUUUUCGCUUUGAGACUUGACUAUCUAAUCGGAGAAAAUUUUUAAAAAUCUUUCUCGGCAGAGUUUGAGUCAGAAUGCUUGAUAACUGCAUAUCGCGAACUUAGUAUUUAUUUAUAGUUCCUCUGAUCAAAACUCCUUCGAAGUUUCGUAGAUGAUCCUUGUUGCAGACGAGCUGAUCAAGCAGUUCACCAGCUCGCAGAGCACCAUCGUCUUCACCGACGAGGAUCGACUACCGCGCGUUAGGACCGCCGUGGAAAAGUGUCCAUUGAUUAAGGUGCUUUCAAUAAUGAAAAAUUAAGGAUUACAGUCGUUUUCCAGAAAAUAGUGUGCAUUCGGACGUUUCCGAUGGUUACAGAGUUCCCAGCGAACGUUGUCGACUACGACGUGAUCAGAAAAACUCCCGCCAAAACCAUCAAAUGCGAUUAUCCGUUGGUUUUUAUUCAGAUGUUUGACAGCAUUGUAGAGAUUUUCAAAUUUCGAAAAAUGUAAAUGAAAUGUUGUUGGAUACAAAAACAAUUUUAAAGUGGUUUUUCUGAAAAAUUUAGAAAUUCUGUCAUCUAGACCGUUCCAUUCGCAAAAAAAAAACUCUAUAAAAGUCUAAUAAUAUCUCAGAAAUCAUAUUUUAUUGGCCAUAUGCCUUUGUGGGCUUAUAGCCGAUCCACGGCUAACUUGGCCGCUGAGGGGGCUUGGCGUGUCAGGCACAUCUCUUUUAUUAUCGUGUCGGGACCCUUUUUUUGAUGGUUCAAGCCGACCGUUAAUCAGCUAUACUCUUCAUAGUGACUCAAAAAUAUUUCCUCUUAUCGUGUUUUAAUUGGAUAUUGUUUCAGACAAGAUUCCAUCGCCCUGCUACCGUACUCGAGCGGAACGACCGGACCACCCAAAGGCGUCAUGUUGACUCAUCGCAACAUUUCCGCAAUGUUUGACAUGGCUGUCAAGUAAGUUUUAAUCACGAUUUAUUCUCAAUAUUCAUAUUCAGUCACGCUGAAACGGAAAUGUCAAAGGCGAUGUUCGGUAAGGAUCUUCCGAAGUGGAUCGGCGAACACGCCCUGCUCAUGCUGCCCUUCUAUCAUGCCUACGGUUUGAAUGCCAUGUUUGAGGUUGGGUUUCAUGAUGAAUCAAUUUUUGAAGGUCUGACUUACAAAAAAACUUUAAUUUUUUUACAAAAACUUAAAGAUAUUCGAAUUGUCAUGAAAUCAGAAAGGAACAUCUUUUUCAGAUAAUUAUUCUCGGGAUGACUGGAAUCGUUUUUAAGAAGUACGACACGAUUAUUAUGUUGAAUCGCAUCAAGUUUUACAAAGUAAUCAGACAUAAUAUGAGAACGAACCUCUAAUUUUCCUCGUGCCCAGGUGAAACUAGCCUAUACGGUACCGCCUAUUUUGGUAUUCCUGGCCAACGACUUUAUGGUGCCCAUCUUCAAAGUUGAGCAGUUUUUGAAGGUUUUUCUAUGAAAUCUUUGGAUUUUCUUUCUGAACUUUAAUUUUCCCACUUAGGUCAUUCUGUCGGCUGGAGCUGCCACGGCAAAGCGACUUUGUGACGACGUCAAGAAACGCUUCCCCAAUACGUGGGUGGCACAGGCGUAUGGAAUGACCGAGAUGGUGCAGCUCACCACUUUUCCCAAGUACGAACACGGCGACAGCACCGUGUCGGUCGGUUGCUUGGGCGCUAUGUAUGAAAUGAAAGUGAGUUUUGGGUUUGAAUAAUUAUGAAAUAGUGAACAAAAAAGAAGACAACUGUGGAGCAGAAACCGGCUCGAAUAAAAAAGUUUACUGUAAUUUGAACUGGACGCGAAGUGCAACCACAGCCGGCGAUUCUACGCGCAUUUUGAUUUUUUUUCUGAUUUUUUUGAUUUUAAAAAUCAAAAAUAUUUUUGUUUUUUAAAUUAUGCAUCUUCAGUUCACAGAGAUUUAUUUUGAGAUGCCUGGUUAGAAAUCCUGAAAAUCUAAUUUCACAGUUUCUUUUUCGAAAAUUGAUUAAAACUGAUAUUUUCCAAGAAUUUGUAUUUACUUCAAAAACUUCAUCCGUAAGCUGUGAUACUAGUUGUUUUCAACUGGAAUUUUUAGAGAUAAUCAAUUUUUUUCGCUGAUUUAUACUUAAGUAUCAAAAUAUAUUACUUUUUCAGAUACUCGAUACGCGAGGAAACGAACUGACGAAACCAGAUGAGCGCGGCGAACUAUGUUUCCGGGGUCCUACCAUCAUGAAAGGCUACCUGAAUAACCCCACAGCGACGGCCGAAACCGUUGAUAAAGACGGAUGGUUGCAUUCUGGUUGGUUGACGUAAAAUAUGGCAAAAGGUUUAAAAUUGAUUCGCAGGAGACAUUGGCUACGUUGACUCGAAAGGCCAGGUCCACAUUGUCGACCGCAUCAAAGAGCUUCUCAAAGUUAAUGGAAUGCAGGUGGAAUUUUUCUGUCCAAUUAGACGGAACCGAUGAGAAUCAUCAGGUGCCACCGGCGGAGAUUGAAGAAGUGCUGAUGGAGCAUCCGAAAAUCAAAGACGCCGCCGUUAUUGGAGUACCAGAUCCGACCUCCGGCGACAUGCCCAAAGCCUUUAUCGUCAAGAAGGAGACUAUGUUGGCCAACGAAGUCAAUGUAUUCGUUCAGCGUUCGUUUUUUUUUCUUUUCUUACCGAGUCAAAAAUUUUUUAAUUCAAAACCAUGAGCAUGUCGUAGCGCACAGUUUCUUGAAAAGAAGAAUUUAUUGAAUUUCUAUAGUAUAUAUUUUAUUUUUUUGCCGUAGAUUAUGUCGAAAAAAACCCAAUAAAUUUUUUUCAAAGCUAAUAAAAAAAUUGAAAAAAACACUGCGUCUGAACCGAGAGCGCGUCUCGCAGCGAAAAAAAUAGAUUUCUCUCGAGACUACUGUAAGAUAAUCUUUUUCGCUCUGAGCGUUUUUGUUUUUUCUUUUUUAAGAAAAGUUCACGUCAAUUUGAUAACUUUUCGUAAUGCAUUGUGAUCAGCUCAGUUGUAAAAAAAUUUGAUUGACGAAAAAAAUAAAAAGAUAAGAUGAAGAACCUCCUUAAAAAUAAUUGAUCGAAGUUUUUUUGAUAAUUUUGAAAUCUAGAUAUUUUCCAUAAGUAGUUUUAUUUUUUUGCUGUUCGAAGUUCAUUGUUUGUAUGAAGCUAUAGCUAAGAACAUAUGGAAAAAUAAGUUUAUAAUGAUUUUUGAAGUGUUUUUUUCUGCUCAAAAUUCCAAUUUAAAAUGUGCUCUUUGAUACAUUUUUUUCGAAUGUUAUUGAUAGGUUGGAACUCUAAACGCCAAAAAUAGCUUCAUAUAUUCGUUAUAUUGUGCGAACUCAUCUUAUAAAUAUCGAGUAAAGCCGCGAAAGUGCCAAGUGUCGGUUUCGCAGCGAAAAUAAAAUUUUUCAUUAGGGUUACGGUAGACGCCUCAGAAGGCUUAUCCUUGUUUUGAGAGAAAAUGGGAGAUUUCGAGUUUUUUGCGUUUAUAGUGAUGAGAAUAGCUUGAAAAAUUUCAUUAAGUAUAUAGAAAAACUGAAAAAAAAGUUACUUGUUUUAUAGUAACGAAAUCAAUGAAAAAGGUCGAAAAUAAAAAUGACAUAAAUCAGUUUUUUCUUCAUGAAAGAAUCGAUUGACGAACUCGAGAAUGACUUUUUCGAAUAUUUCGAUGAGUUUACAGAAAAGCUUUCGUCGAACAAGUGGCUGACAGGCGGCGUGCAGUUUGUCGACGCGAUUCCCCGCCUUCCUUCUGGAAAAAUUGCCCGCCGUCGCCUGAACGACCUCAACAACCCCAGCGGCAGCAGCGAGAGCUCGCAGAUGAAUUCGCAGAUGAACUCGCAAGUGAUGGCGGCGGUGACGUUCCCGGCGCAGACGAUGUCGCCGGCCGCCCCUAGAGGCCGGUCCGCCGAAGCCAUGAAGGCCAGCGGCAGCAGCGAGAGUUCGCAGGAGACCUCGCAGGUGAACUCGCAGGUCGCCUCGCUCGUCGGUUUGCCGUCGACGAUGGAGAAGAAGAAGUGA